AUCCAAGCCUGGAGUGAAAGUCGGUCACCAUGUCUAAACUGGUAGAGUGUGUUCCCAACUUCUCCAAUGGGCGAAGCAAGGAAAUUAUUGAUGCCAUUGCUCAGGCCAUUGCCCAGUCAGAUGGCUGUUUUCUCCUGGAUGUGGACCCUGGCCCCUCCACCAAUCGCACCGUCUACACCUUUGUGGGAUCUCCAGCGGCCGUGGUGGAGGGAGCUUUGAACGCAGCCCGUGAAGCCCACCGACUCAUCAAUAUGGCAACGCACAGUGGUGAACACCCACGCCUGGGGGCGUUGGACGUCUGCCCAUUUGUUCCUGUCCGUGACGUCACCAUGGAGGAGUGUGUCCAGUGUGCUGUCAGCUUCGGCCAACAGCUCGCCAGCCAGCUGCUGGUACCUGUGUAUUUGUAUGGAGAAGCUGCGCGGCAUCAGCAUCGCCGGACGUUGCCAAGUAUCCGUGCUGGGGAGUAUGAAGGGCUUCAGGAGAAGCUGUGCGAUGCCCAGUGGAAGCCUGACUUUGGGCCGGUGGAGUUCGUGCCGAGUUGGGGAGCCACGGUGACCGGAGCCCGAACCUUCCUCAUCGCUUUCAACAUCAACCUGCUGAGCACUAGGGAGCAGGCCCAUCGCCUCGCCCUCAACAUCAGGGAGCAGGGCCGCGGCCCCGGGCAGCCAGGGCGAUUGCUGAAGGUGCAGGCGAUGGGUUGGUACCUGGAGGAGGAGGACAUUGCUCAGGUUUCCACUAACCUGAUGGACUUCAAGGUGACGGGUCUGCACAACGUAUAUGAGGAGAUCCGGAGAGACGCCAAGGAGCUGAAGAUGCCGGUGAUUGGGUCACAGCUGGUGGGGCUGGUGCCUCUCGCUGCCAUGCUCCACACCGCCCAGUAUUACAUCACACGGGACAAACUAUUCAUCCUGACAGAGGAGCAGAAACUACGACUGGUUGUGAGCAGACUUGGCCUCAAUUUAUUGGCUCCUUUCAAUGUGAAAGAGAGAAUUAUAGAGUACAUGGUCCCUGGACAGGAAGAGGCGGGUCUGGCAUCGCUGUCGCUGACUGGGUUUGUCCGGAGUGUGGGAGCCAGGACUGCGGCCCCCGGGGGAGGGUCCGUCGCUGCUGCUGUGGCUGCCAUGGGUGCAGCCCUGGGCUCAAUGGUGGGGUUGAUGAGUUACGGGAAGCGACAGUUUGAAGUUGUUGAUGCUGUGAUGAGACGUGUGAUCCCCCCGCUGCACCACACCGCCCACCAGUUGCUCACUAUGGUGGACACUGACUCACGCGUGUUCAGCAAUUACAUGGCUGCCCUCAAGUUGCCCAAAUCCACGAUGGAGGAGAGAGCAAGGCGAAAUGCUGCAGUCCAGGCGGGGCUGAAGGAGGCAGUGAAUGUGCCCCUCGCUCUUGCAGAGACAGUGACCAGCCUGUGGUCAACGCUGGAAGAGUUGGCAACCUGUGGAAAUCUGGCCUGUACCUCAGACCUACAGGUUGCAGUGAAAGCACUGGAGCUGGGAGUGUUCGGGGCUCAGUGCAACGUCCUCACCAACCUCAGGGACAUCAGUGACCAGCAGUUCAAUUGUCAGGCGAGGGAGAGGAUCAGCCAGUGCUUGUCCGAGGCUGGGAGUUGCUCAGCCCGGCUGCUGGCAGUACUGGCGGAGCGGAUGAAAGCGGACAGGCCCGCGAUGUGAGAGGCCAGAGGCUGAAGAGGAGCAACAUGAUUGAAAUCAAUCUUGUUGAUUAUUAAACUUGGUUUGCAGCACCGUC